AUGAACGCUUUGCGGGGUAGCAGAGGUAUCACCUGGGCUGCCAGGACUUACAGGUCCCAGCGAUUCCUGCCAACAUUGUCUCCAACAUUGUUGACCAUCCCUCGGCGCACAUUCCAUUCGUCUUCGUCUUUGUGGUCAAUUAAAUCUCAGGUUUUGAAGGAUGUUGGUGAAGGGAUAACGGAGGUUCAGAUCAUUCAAUGGUAUGUCGAAGAAGGAGCGCAUAUCGAGGAAUGGAAUCCCCUUUGCCAAUACCAGUCCGACAAGGCUGUCGAUGAUAUUACCGCAAGAUACGAAGGGGUUGUCAAAAAGCUUCACUUUCAGGCCGAUGAUACUGUUCCAACAGGCAGGGCUCUCUGUGACAUAGAAGUCGACGAUGCGAAAUAUCCAGACGGGGAUGCCCAGCCGGCACCAAGCCCGGAGCCAGUUCAAAUCAGUCCUAUCCCGACAGAGACGCAACACACGCAGCCUACACAACCAUCCCAACUUACUUCUUCAGAACCUGCCUCGGAGGCACCAAAAUCACGUUACGCAACUUUGGCUACACCGGCAGUCCGAGGAUUACUCAAAACCCACAAUGUCAAUAUCUUGGACAUUAGCGGUACCGGCAAGGACGGGCGGGUGCUCAAGGAGGAUGUCAAUAAAUUCAUUGCCAUGCGGGAUUCAGCAGCUACGGCGCAGCCGGCUGCUGUUAGUACACCAGAGACUGAAAAGGUGGUCAAUUUGAGUCCGUUCCAGUCUCAAAUGUUCAAGACAAUGAGCCGAUCACUCAGCAUUCCACAUUUCCUUUAUGCCGAUGAGCUCAAUAUCAACGAUAUCAGUACGCUGAGGAAAAAGCUGGCCAGUGAUUCUAAAGACCCUCAAAAGAUCACGUUCCUUUCGUUCAUCAUUAAGGCCGUCUCUCUUGCCCUGGAUCAGUACCCCCUCCUGAACGCAAAAGUCGACACGAGCAACCCGGAUAAGCCGCAACUCAUCAUGCGUCCCAAACACAACAUUGGAGUCGCAGUAGAUACUCCAAAUGGCUUGAUUGUUCCAAACAUCAAAGACGUCGCGAACCGGUCGAUCCUCAACAUCGCAACGGAGCUGUCGCGUCUGAGUGCGCUUGGAAAGGAGGGUAAGCUCACACCAGCGGACCUUAGCGGGGGCACAAUCACCGUUUCCAACAUCGGUAACAUCGGGGGUACUUAUGUGAUGCCCGUUAUUGUGCCUAACGAAGUUGCGAUUCUGGGAGUUGGGAAAUCCAGAACGACGCCCAUCUUUGAUGAUGCGGGUCAGGUCACCAAGGGCGAGCUGGUGAAUUUCAGCUGGAGUGCUGACCACCGAGUUGUUGACGGGGCUACCAUGGCUAGAAUGGCGACCAAGGUCCGACAAUUCAUCGAGUCUCCAGAGUUGAUGCUUUUGAACCUAAGGUAG